AUGGAUGCCUAUCAGCAAUACAACUGCUCUCUUCCGGAAGCGACCUACAAUCCUGCUCUCUCCGCCACGGUGUCGUCUUAUUUUGUCCGACCCAACAAAGUCGUCAAACCGAGCAGCCGGAACAGCAGCCCACGGACUUUGGGAAGAAGGAAAACGAUGACUGCUGCCUCUACCUCGACCAGAACCCGCUCUGUCGUCGACCAUCUCCGCUCCGGCACGCAAUGGCAGAAUUCAGAGACGACUCGCUCUCGACCCGUCAGUUGGCAUCCGAACUCUCUCGAGGCCCUUUUCACUUUCAACUCUGUUCCCAACGAGCAAGACCUGUCUACAUGGAAUAUCUCGACGGCUCAGGUCAACGGCCUUGUCACGCCUAUCUCUCAUCCGUCCAUGAGCGAGCCUCAAUUUUCAGAGCCUUUCACGCCGCUCGAUGAGCUGCCCGUCCAAGAUCCGAGCUUGUUAUUCGAAGGUCAACCUUACCUCGGCCAAAUGUGGCUGAGCCAAAGCCAAGUCAAGCCCGAACCAAACUCCCUUCCGCUCUAUUCUCAACAACCAUUUUCACAGCCGCUUUGGGGUUUGAAUCAGGCUGUGAUGGCACCCAACGUAACAACAGCACCGCCCUCCCCAGACUGUCGUCCACUGCAGAACCUUGGGCUUGACACCUUGUCUCUUGACACCAGCCAUUCGACCUCGAAGGUUGACUCGGAGGAACUGAUCGGCAUGGGUUUGUAUGAUUCGCCUGCCGAAGUCCAAUCAUCGUGUCUGCUCUUCAGUGGGUCUGCGGGCUCGGGGAGAAAGGGAUUGAAGCUAGAGGAAUCAUUUGAACCGGUCGAACAGGAAGAAGAAGAAGAAGAGGAAGAGGAAGAGGAAGAGGAAGAAAAUGACAUUGAGGACGCCGAAGAGGACGAAACCGGCCAACCAGGGGUUCAGCAGGAGGACGAGGAGGAUGAUGAUUCAGUGUGGGGUUAUUCUGGCACCGCCGAGUAUGAAAGUCGGUCCAUCGCGGACCAUCUGACCUUUGGCAUGCAAGCACAGCCUGACUCUCUGGCAAUCAAAUAUCUUUCGACGCUAAGGCAGCUGAACAGCGCCUAUUACCCGUCCGGGCAUUCUUACGGUUGGGCGUGA